AUGGCUAUGCUCAAAAACUUGUCUGCUAUCAUGAUCUUGGUGGUCGUCACCGUCGCAUUGCUUCCAAGGGCUACAUUUGCUGGAAACCCCGAUUGCGCAAAGGGAAUGACUACCGAUUGUGGAAAUCAUCUCUUUCAAAUCGUAGUCUAUGCCAACACCUCUGCACCCACUAAUGAAUGUUGUCGUGAGCUCGUGAAGGCGGGGAAAGCCUGCAAUGACCAAUUCGUGAAGUUGAUCCUCUCGACCCACAAGCCGCCCAAGGGGACGAGUUCCGAUCUCUACAAGAGGAGCAAUGACAUGUGGAACAACCGUGUCGCGGCUACCAAUUCUGUAUCCCCUCCAAAGCCCUCUCAUUGA